AUGAGAGGCGAGGUUUGCCAUCUCCAUAUCGGCCAGGCUGGUACCCAGCUUGGAAACAGCGCUUGGGAACUCUAUCUUCUCGAGCACGGCUUGAAGGCUGAUGGGCGUCUGGACCCUGAAGCCACAGAUGUUGGUGAAGCAGGCUCCUUCGAGACCUUCUUCACCGAGACAGGCAGCGGCAAAUAUGUUCCCCGCUCCAUCUUCGUCGAUUUGGACCCUUCCCCAAUCGAUGAGAUCCGAACUGGCCCGUAUCGACAGCUCUUCCACCCUGAGAUGUUGAUCAGCGGAAAGGAAGAUGCGGCAAACAACUGUGCUCGUGGUCACUACACCAUCGGAAAAGAACUCGUCGACAGUGUCAUUGACCGCAUUCGCCGCGUUGCUGACAACUGCUCGUCCCUCCAGGGAUUUUUGAUCUUCCACUCCUUUGGCGGCGGCACCGGUUCCGGUUUCGGUGCUCUCCUCCUGGAGCGUCUGUCCACGGAUUAUGGCAAAAAGUCCAAGCUUGAAUUCGCAGUCUACCCGGCUCCUCGUGUCUCCACCGCUGUUGUCGAGCCGUAUAACGCCGUUCUCUCCACCCAUAGCACCAUCGAAAACUCUGACUGCACCUUCCUCGUUGACAACGAAGCUGUCUACGACAUCUGCCACCGUAACCUGGAUAUCCCCCGACCCGGUUAUGAACAUCUCAACCGCCUUAUCGCUCAGGUUGUCAGCUCCAUCACAUCUAGCUUGCGCUUCGACGGUGCUCUGAAUGUCGAUCUCAACGAGUUCCAGACCAACCUGGUCCCUUACCCUCGUAUCCACUACCCCCUCAUCAGCUACGCACCCGUUGUAUCCAGCAACAGAAGCUCCCACGAAAGCUUCAAGGUCAAUGACCUUACAUUCCAAUGCUUCGAACCAAACAACCAGAUGGUUGUCUGCGACCCCCGCAAUGGAAAAUACAUGGCAGUGGCCCUCCUCUACCGCGGUGACGUCGUCCCUCGCGACUGUAAUGCUGCUGUCGCUUCACUCAAAGCCAAGACUUCCUUCAACCUUGUCGAAUGGUGCCCGACUGGCUUCAAAAUUGGUAUCAACUACCAGAAACCCAUGCGUGUACCAGGCGGUGAGCUCGCCCCCGUCGACCGCUCCGUCAGCAUGUUGUCAAAUACCACAGCCAUCGCUGAGGCCUGGAGCCGUCUCGACCACAAGUUCGAUCUUAUGUACUCGAAACGUGCAUUCGUUCACUGGUACGUUGGUGAGGGAAUGGAGGAAGGCGAAUUCUCUGAGGCACGUGAGGAUCUUGCCGCGUUGGAGAAGGAUUAUGAGGAGGUUGCUAGUGAUAGUCUGGACACCGAGGGCGAUGAGGGUGUUGAAUACUAA